GCGCAGCCUCCACUCGCCAGCUCACCUCACAACUUCCUCCACCUCAGCUGACCAGGAGCACGCUACGCGGCGGGGCUUCGCCAUGAACAACACGCUCAAGGUGGUGGUGUGGGUGGCUCUGGCGCUAGCUGCGAGGGCACGCGCCGGCGGCGUCACCUACGUGUCGGGCCCGCAGCCAACGGCGGGAGGCGCGCCCCAGCAGUACCAGGCACAGCCGCAGGCGUUGUCCGCCGGGCAGUACCAGGCGGCGCUGGCCGCUGCUCAGCAGCAGGCGCAGUACCAGGCAGCGGCAGCUCAGCAGCCAGUCCAGUACCAGGCGGCAGCGCAGCCCCAGUACCAGGCAGCAGCGCAGCCCCAGUACCAGGCGCAGUACCGCGAGGCUGCUCAGCAGCAGGCACAGUACCAGGCUGCGGCGCGCCUCCAGCCUCAGUACCAGGCUGGAGCGCAAGCUCAGCCACAGUACCAGGGCGCUGGUGCACAGCCUCAGUACGCAGCAGCUGGGCCUCAGCCACAGCCUGGUAGGCCGCAACUGCCUGAGGACUAUGACCCGAACCCGCAGUACCAGUUCGCGUUCGACGUGCGCGACGACCAGUUCACCAACUACCAGAACCGCAAGGAGCAGCGCGAGGGCGACAAGAUCUCCGGCAGCUACAGCGUCGUCGACUCGGACGGCUUCAUCCGCACCGUCAAGUACACGGCCGACCCACUGGAGGGCUUUAAGGCUCAGGUGACGCGGGAGCCGACCGACAUCGUGGUGAAGAUCCCGACGCCGACGCCGCCGCCGCAGGCGCAGCCGCUCUCCAUCCCAGCGGGGCCGCAGUACAUACAGGGUGGAUCGGCAGCCGCGUACCAGCAGGCGCAGGAGCAGGGGCAGGCGGCGGCCCAGCAGAGGGCGCUGCCUCCGGGGGCGGGGCUGGGCGUGCUGCCCCCGGGCGCCCGCGCCAAGGCGGUGGGCUACAGCGCGCAGCAGCCCGGCGCGCCGCCCGUCCACUUCCAGGCCUACCAGCAGUGAGCGCAGCCACGCCACGCCGCCUCAUCGCCACCUCAUCACGCAAUCACCUCCAGUAGAAUCACAACACGAUGUAGCACCCGUCAUCUACCAUACCUGCAGUCCAGUCAAACAGUUGUAAACCUUUAACGACUGAUCCACUCCUUUAAUAAUUAUCUCUGCUAUUCUUUAUCUCAGAAACAAUACCCAGCAACCUUGAACGUUGCCUCUAAUGUCUAUAAAUUCAGCAAUUGAAUCCUCUCGUUGCCAUUACCUUAUCUUUGGACCUUCACAUAGCCGGGAAGCAUAAAUGUACAACCGUCAAGGACAAGGUCAUUUUAGUGACAACUGAGGUGACACGUCAUUGUAAGACCAAAUGAAACGCACAGUUCACAGUAAAGGGUGCCCAAACAACCGCAUCAGUACACAUAGAACUCCCCCCUCCCCCCCUCCCCCCCACCCACCAGGGGGCAAUGCAUGCAAAUGAUUGUGAAGGAGCCAGUUGGCAUCCUACGAUAGAUUGCUUCAAGCAUCUUGGGCCUUUUGGUGCAACUCAGCAACGGUUCCUACAGGCCCUGGAGAACAAGUAAGCUCCGUCUUCAACAUGUCCCAAUUGGCGAAGUUUUAAACAUGGCUGCUUGGUUCAGUGACCGUUUCUAAAUUAAAAUUGAAACAAAUGAGCCCUCGGUCACUAUUAUUGUUAGUCCUAUUGACCACGUUACAACACUUCUAAGAGUGCCUUCAUCAAAAUUGAAACAAUUAAAAUGGUCUAUAACAUAGUAACAAAUUUAUAGGAAAAGACAUUUUUAUACAAAAAUUGUAAGUACUGACUAACAAUAAAAGACAGGGGCAGUACUUACAUGUCAUAUAUAAAAUAAUUAACAAGCCAGAAGGACUUCAGCAGGAAAUAUAUAAAAAGGAAUGUGUGAAGGCGAGCCAGUGUGGCGAUCCCACUGGUCAGGGCAGUUGUUGUAGCCCAAGAAGAACACCUUGCACUGCAGCAACUGUAUCCAGACAAAUUGCUGAAAAAGCACGUCACCUUCCUGUCGAACAAAUUCCAUUAGCAUGGGGUAACAGCCUGUGAAAUGCAGGUGGUACUGGUUACUUUUCCACGCAGGAACACCAAAUGCGAUCGCGAGUCCUAACUGAUGGAUCCCCACACCAUAAAACCUGGGACGGAGCCUGUGUGUCUUGGGCGAAUGCGUUCUGAAACAGGCAGCUCAGUUCAGCUACGCCGUUCAAGUGCACGUCCAUCACUCGCUUGCAGGGGGAACCUACUCUCAUCACUGAAAACAACGCCAUUCCACUCUCUAGUCAACUCUUUCAUAGCACCAGAGUAGUCAUGCUUGGAAUUGUUGUCGUAUCAGUGCUGGCCAGAGGCAGACGUGAUAUUAACCCCAAUGGUCCAUGGUGUCACAACAGAUGCAGCAUGUGUCUAGAUUCUGUCCCUGGAUGAUGUUCGGUCGGCCUCCACUGCCUGCACCAUGCGUCGAUCUUGAGGUGCGUCUGUACGACUGAGACGUUCAGAAUCUGCUGUACAAGGGUGAGAAUGUUCUCCACUCCACAGCUUAGAUCAGAGACACACCAGUGAUACACUGUGCCCAACAUGUGCAGCAAUCCUACGAUACGUCCUUCCAGCUUCGUGUAGGCCCACAAUGCGACCCUGUUCAAAUAGCUGAAGCUGUUCAAAAGGAGUGUGUACUCAUUGGUGGGGCAUGAUUGUACCGUAGAGUGACACUGUUCACCUCGAAAAUCAGCACAGUUGCUGCCUGCAGGAUCAAAACGGAGGGUGCACAGACAGUCCACCUACAUGCUAUCUGAUCGUCGAUGCCCGUGGCAAAUAAUAGUACCAUCUCUCAGUAUCGACACCUUAUAACCUGAUGUCUGUGAACACAGUCCUUGAGGGUGCUAUAUUUUUUUCCGGCAGUGUGUAUUAUGCCAUAACAAAUGGUACACUUCCGUUUUCGUUUUCCUAUUUUUGUUCAUUCUUUGAGCUUUCUACCACUAAAAAUCUACUCCAUUUUGAAGACUAAAAUAAAUAACUGUAGCUAUAGCGUGUGCCUUACCGACGCUUGAACCUCUAACAACGGAUGCUUGUCAUUCUGAAUCAUAGCAGGGUACGCCACUAUUACGUUCUAGGGCUCCCAGCAUUCCUCUAUUUACUAAAACUCUUCAAAGUUUCAGUCCAUAUUCUCCCAAUGUAGCAGCCUACUUGUAUUGUCAGAAUAACUAUGAAUUUUUUAAACUGAAUUUCUACUCUUAAGUGCAUGUGCUACUUUUGAGUCACACAACCUAUGCGGCAGGCAUUAUCUAGCAGAACACAUAUUGUGACGAGGCCCUAAAUAACCUUCCAUAAUUUUUAACUGUCAAUAAGAUAAAAUGUGCUCCAAGACGUGUUAUUGUAUCAACUUUUAUCAGGUUAUUUCAUUAACAGAUAAUUGUCUCCGAUGUACAGUUUCUAUAUAUUAGUCACCUACCUAACACUACCUGCUUCCCAGUUCUUCAUUGAACUGAACCUACUGUCACUUUAGAAAACAGAUUAGUCUCCCUCCGAUGUAAUUUGUUGAUAUUUUCUAAUGCUUACAAAGUUGCAAGACCGGUUUGAUUAAUCGCGCUUUAUUUUCAUUUUCUUUGAAGUUACACAAAAUUUUAAACAUACAAUGCCUAAAUAUAUCCUGCAAAGGGUUUUGCUCAAACGUUUUAAAAUGUAGCCACAGUCACGUUCAUAUGACAAACUGUGUGAUGAGAAUCUACUAGUCCUCAAAGAACUACAAUCCUCUCUGAAUAUUAUGAGCAAUUACAUAGCGGCUUUCUCUAAUUUAACAGCGUUAACAAACUACAGAUGUAACAACUAGAAAUUACCACUAUAGCCUCAUCGAACUAAUGACGUUUAUAGCUUUCCACACCUCUGAUGGAUUCUUUGAAACAUCCAUUCUCAUACAUCAAAUAUCAAUCGACGUCAUUGUAUCUAUGGAAAACAUUGUUUGCAUAUGUAAAUACGAAUGAAUCGUGUGUGAAACGUUAUUUUGAUUGUGUAAAAUUGUAGUGUAAUGUUGCGUAGAGAUAUUUUUGUGAAUAAAGAAAUUUUCACAAGUU